AUAUUUGUUAUUUAUCUAUAUUUAUAUCACUCUCUAUAGCUCCAGAUAAACCGCCUCACCAUGUCAAAGCGGGGAGACAUAAACCAUCGAGUUCGAGUUCGAGUUCGGGUCAGACUUGGGGUUGGAUUUGGAGUUGGGAUUUGAGGUGAAUAUAAUGUAGAUAUUGCGUAUUAGAUGUAGAAUAGUGCUAAAUUGAGUACAAAUGGGUCAUCUAUUAUAAUGAUUUUUUCUUCUAAAUCGCAGAGUGCAGGGUUAGCCUUAACACAAUUUAAUGGUAAAUAGUGGAAAUAGCCGAUUUUCGUGAUACUUGGUAGCGCCCGACUGGGACCGAAUUUAUAGCCUCAGAACGAGGCUUGGCUUCUUGCCGCGCGCGUGCACUUGGCGCGGGGAAAAAAAAGUAAACAAAAAUUUACAAAAAUGGUUGGAAGUGUUUGUUCUGUACGUUUGUGUAAAAACAACUCUGAAAAACGACCAGACUUGUCAUUCUUUUCAUUUCCAACCAACAAAUCGUUACGUAGAAAGUGGAAAAGAUUUUGUGGAGGAAAUAACGCUCUUAGUGUAAAAAGACCAAGAAUAUGCCGCCUUCAUUUCACGGAAAGCGAUGUUCAAAAGUCCGUAGGUGGAAGAUACUAUCUGAAACCAAAUACCUUACCAAGCAUUCUUCGGCCAGAAAAAAACGAAGUAAGUACCGCAAGGGAAGAGAGAAUGGAAAGCCGAWAAAGAAAACGCGAAGAAUUAGGCGUGGACGACGACAAAAAGGGCGAUGAGAAGGAAGAUAACCAAGUGAACUUCACAGCUUUAGAAAAUGACCAUACAUAUUGUGCUUAUGAAGGACUUGAUCGUAAAGAUCAGCAAACACAAGUAAAUUUUUAUUACGAAGAACUGAAGGAUGCCAGAGAAGAACUAGAAGAGUUAAAAUACGAAAACAAAGAAUUAAAAUCAAAGCUGAAAGAUAAGAAGAGCCUAAAGAGAGAACUAUUUCAAGAGGACGUUUUAAGAAACGACAAUUCAGUCCAAUUUUAUACUGGUUUUCCAUCUUUAAAAUGUUUGUUAGCCAUAUUUAGUGUGAUAAAACCACUGUGUGAUAACAUGAGGUACUGGGACAACAACAAACAAAAGGCGACAGUCAGAUAUCAGAAAGAUAAGAAGAAAAAACCAGGCAAAAAAAGAACUUUGACACUGUUUGAGGAGUUUGUCAUGACACAAGUAAGAUGCAGGUUAGGACUGUUGACGAUCCAUCUUGCAGAUAUAUAUGGAGUAUCUGGUAGCACUGUAAGUAAGAUUUUUAGAACAUGGGUCUGUUUCUUGGCUAAGAUAUAUAAGGGAGGUCUGCUAUUUUGGCCUGAAAAAGAAGACAUUGCUAAAAAACUUCCUUCGACAUUCAGAAGAUUUCCAUCCACUCGAGUGGUGUUGGAUUGUACCGAGGUUUUUGUUGAAAAACCUUCAACACCAAGUGCACAGAGAGCCACUUGGAGUAGCUACAAACAUCACAAUACAAUAAAGACCUUCAUUGGAAUAACCCCGAAUGGAAUGAUAAGUUUUGCAUCACCAUUUUGGUCAGGCAAUACCAGCGACAGAUACAUUACAGAACACUGUGGGAUUUUGGACCUUUUGGAAGAAGGCGACUCUGUCAUGGUCAAAGAAGGCUGA